GCGGCGGCACGGCGGGGCGCCCCGCAGGAAGGCCCGCCCGCCGACCCGGAAGGCCCGGAGGAGGACAGCCGGCUGAGGGCCUGGGCCGGGGGCCGCUGGCUCCCUCCCCGCCGCCGCCGCCGCCAUGGGGAAGUCGUUCGCCAACUUCAUGUGCAAGAAGGAUUUUCACCCCGCCUCCAAGUCCAACAUCAAAAAGGUAUGGAUGGCGGAACAGAAAAUAUCAUAUGACAAGAAGAAACAAGAAGAGUUAAUGCAACAAUAUCUUAAAGAACAGGAAUCCUAUGAUAAUAGAUUGCUUAUGGGUGAUGAGCGUGUGAAGAAUGGCCUUAAUUUCAUGUAUGAGGCCCCACCUGGAGCAAAGAAAGAGGAGGCUAAAGAGCAAGAAGGAGAGACUGAAUACAAAUUUGAAUGGCAAAAAGUUGCCCCACGAGAAAAAUAUGCUAAGGAUGAUAUGAAUAUCAGAGAUCAGCCAUUUGGUAUCCAGGUGCGGAAUGUGAGGUGUAUUAAAUGCCACAAGUGGGGUCAUGUAAACACUGACCGAGAAUGUCCCUUAUUUGGCCUUUCUGGAAUUAAUGCAAGUUCAGUCUCCAGCGAUGGUUCAGGGCCAUCAAUGCACCCCUCGGAGCUAAUAGCGGAGAUGAGAAACAGUGGGUUUGCACUGAAACAAAAUGUACUGGGGAGAAACUUGACCGCAAAUGAUCCAUCACAGGAAUUUGUUGCAAGUGAAGGAGAUGAUGAUCCAGAAGUUGAAUUUUUAAAAUCACUGUCAACCAAACAAAAACAGAAACUUCUAAGGAAGUUGGAUCGUCUGGAGAAGAAAAAGAAAAAGAAAGACAGAAAGAAGAAAAAGCAGCAAAAGAAAAAAACCAAAAGUAAACACAAGAAACAUAAGACGAGAUCCUCUUCCUCAUCCUCCAGUGAGACUUCAGUAAGCAGCAGUGACAGCGAGACUGACAGCAGAGAUAAAACAGCACAAAAGAAGAUGUAUUCUAAGAAAAGAAAAAAAGACAAGUUUUCAGAGGCUAGCAGCAGCAGCGAUUCAGAAGGAAAGGCAAAGACGAGGAAGGAAAAACUUUAUGAAGAUCUCUCCAGUAGUCACGGUAACAAGGACAAAGAUAGGGAGAAGUACAGACUUUUGAAGCAAGAUAGUUCUGUGGAGAACAACAAGUGGAGCUCCUGUGAGGGAGAAAGAAAGUCCAAAAGCAGAUACGAUAGUACCAACAGGAGAGAGUGUGAAAGAAAUAAGAGGGAUAGUAGAAGCCAAAGCAUGGAUGAGGGGAGCAGGAGAAGCCCUUGCACAAGUCACAGCAGUUCCAGGCAAAGGCAGAUGCGAAGAAGUCCAAGUCAAAGCCCGGGUGAAGAGUGGCACAGGAAAAAUGAAACCAGAAGCCCCAGCACAGGUGUGCACAGAGAGAAGAAAAAAAGCAGAGAGCGCUAUGGGGACAAGUGCAGUGAAGUGGAACACAGAGAAAGGAGCAGACGCAGUAGAAGCAGAAGCAGAGAGAGGAAAAAAAACAGAUAGUGCAGGGGACAGGUGUGAACAAGGGUGUCUCCAUUUUUUGACGAAUACUUUUAGCAAGGGCUCAGUUACGUGUUGCUGUUCAUUUUCCAAGCUCCAUAACUAGCAUUUCCUACAUAAAGCCAACAGCAUCAUUUCUGUAAUGUUGGAAUAUUUGUAAAUUAGGUAUAAAUGUUAUGGUAUUUUUCUUACUGUAUAAAUAUACUUGUUGGCAAAUACCUCUUGAAUACAGGCAGUAAUUCAUAGACCUGAUUUUAGGGUUUUAAAAUAUUUCGGAGCAGUAUGUGAUACUCCUGGGUUUGUCAGUGAUGAUUUCUGUUUAGAUGCAACUGCGAGGGGAAGCAGACAGUAAUUUGGGAAGAGUCCUCAUACGGGCCUUGAAAUGGGCCCGGGGGGGACCCCUCAUGGGCAUAUAUUAAAUGAUAACAAACAUUUGAGGUAGUUCUGGAUAAAAUCGCUGCUUCAGAUACCAAAACAUGGUAUUGUAGAGAGUGAGGGGUUUUUUGAUACUGAAGCAUUUUUGCUAAAGUUCCCUGUAAAGAUCAAUUUCAUGAGUUAAAACAACAGAGAGACACAGUUCACAUAAGUGUGUAGCCAACAUUUCUUGACCUCCUGCAGUGCACAACUUGGUCAGGGCUGUCUAAACAUCUUGAACCCCUGUUGGUAUGUGUCAGUACAAUGUCAAGUUAUCGUUCAAUAAUCUCUCAAGACAUGAAAAGAAUAUUUACUGCCUCACUGUUUCGGGUAUUUCAUUGUUUGUGGUAGAAAGUUAAUGUAAAUAGUCAUCCUUUUGUUUUGAUGAAAAAACUUUUUUUUUAAUGAUUGGUGGUUAUUUUCUGCACACAUUGUUACGAAGAUGAACUUCUGUAAUAAAGUAUCUUAUUCUUUAAAAUGG